AUGUCGCUGCCCUCUCCUGAGUACGGGCGGGAUCGGAAUUCUCCCCCGCCUGCGGUGCCCUCUCAGCCCCUGGAUCCUGGCACUCUUCUCGGCUCUCGCCAAAGGAGAGCGGGCACGAGGGGGAGGGUGGGAACGAGGGUGCCCCCGCUUUCCGGGGUGGGACGCGCUCCCCCGGGCCACAGCCCGGGCUCUAGGGGUCUCCGGUCCAGCGGAGGCCGGCCGGGGCGCCCCGGGCGCGGCGUCUCGUCUCUCUUCGCGCUCCGCGGGGGCUGCUCGGCUGGCCGGGCAGGGAGGCCGCGGCUCCGGGCUCGGGCUCAGGCUCGGCGCGGGGGAGCAGCGGCGGCAACCCGGCCGCCUCGUCCCCCGGGGCCCGCGGGGCUGCCCGCGCCGCCACCCCGGACGCCACGCUACCCGGACUCCGCGCGAGCGGGGGAGCUGGCGAACAUACGCGCGGUCCCCGGGCUCGGUUCGGGCUCCGGCUGCGCUCCGCUGCAGGCCCCGGCUCCUCCCCGGCCUCCGCGCGGUUCCUCGCCCCCCUCCCCUCGUGUCCCCGCCCCCCGGCCCAGCCCGGCAGUCACGGCCGGCGUCUCCCCGCCCGGGUUAAGGAGGCUCGGGGAGCUGCAGGGGAUCCCUCCUUCCUCUGGCCCGGGCGGCCGCCCAAGGCUCUUUCCCUCCGGCAAGAUGAUGGGCACCUCCGCCCACCCAUCCCGAAGGGCCGUGCAGCCCCGACAUCAGCCGACCUGCUCCAUCCAGUUAGUACUGGAGGCUCAGUGUCUAAGUGUCAGAAGCCUGGGGGUCCGGUAG